AGCGCAAGCUAGCGCUCGCUCCAUUGUUGGCAGACUGGACCUGUCACUAGUCAGUCAUAAGACUGUAUCUCUCCCCUCCUUCCUACAUCAUGAUCUGAAACAGCUUAGGCCUAGGCAGAAAGACCCAGUAGGCCUAGCACUAUUUAGUAUACAUAGUGUACAGCUAGAAAGCCAGAAAGAGUUCCACAUACGUGACAUACGGACGCCACUUGUCACCCCGUGCGUGCACAAACCCUAUGACUUAUGAGACAAGAACCCUAGAGAUUGCCACUUUGUGCCAGACUGAUGAGACCUUUGGAUGAGCGCCUUGAAGUGUUCACUGCCAGUACCUAACAAGGGUUGUCAUGGCAAUCAGUACGGUGAGCGGUGAUCUUGCCUUGGAUCCCCUCAUAACAUGCAAGCUCUGUCUGUGUGAAUAUUCCAUGAAGGAUAUGCACCAGAUGCAGGAAUGUAGCUGUGUUUAUUGCAUUUCGUGUCUUCGUCAGUACUUAUCAAUUCUCAUUCGAGAGGGCGCUGUGAGCAGCAUUACCUGCCCAGAUGCAGCAUGCCGAGAAAGGGGCAAAGUCCAGGGUAACGAGGUUAAACUUCUUGUCGGGAGUGAGGUAUUUGAAAGAUACAAACAUGUCAAAUUUGAACUGGAGGUGGACUUGGAUCCCAACAGAACCUGGUGCCCCGAAGUUGGCUGUGAGACUAUCUGUCACGUCUGCGCUGGGGACCCAUCUAAAGCUAAACCAGUUCACUGCCCGACUUGUGGCACAGAUUUCUGUUCGAUUUGCAAGUCGCGCUGGCAUGCCAACCUGUCGUGCGGGGAGUACAUGGGAACAUUGACUCACAAGACAGGCUCCAGCUCCACCCAAGUCUUGGAAGCGCUAGGCAUUCCUUUCGACAAUGAAGAGGUUGCUAAGAUCAAGCGAUGCCCCAUGUGCCACAUCCCCAUCGAGCGGGACGAAGGCUGUGCGCAGAUGAUGUGCAAGCGAUGCAAGCACGUGUUCUGUUGGUACUGCCUAGCAAACCUCGACGAUGAUUUUUUACUGCGACACUACGACAAAGGACCUUGCAAGAACAAGCUUGGACACUCCAGAGCGUCAGUUAUAUGGCACAGAACGCAGGUGGUUGGCAUCUUUGCCGGGUUUGGCCUGCUCCUCCUGCUAGUAUCCCCUUUCCUCCUGCUGAUAGCUCCCUGCAUCCUCUGCUGUAAGUGCAAGUGGUGCCGAUGCUGCGACGAAGACGAUGACUUACCCCCAGCCUAGGGGGAGCCCUUGCACAUGUGCAAAAAUGGAAGUCGUGUGAUCCUUUCUCAACAACUCGUUUUGGGGAGCCCUUGCACAUGUGCAAAAAUGGAAGUCGUGUGAUCCUGUCUCAACAACUCGUUUCGCGUUUAUUGGCGAUGCACUCUGUCGGCCUCAUUGCUCAGUAAUGUACGGGGGAAGUGCUGAGAUGAAAUAGCCUUGGUUCACUUGACACAGAAGUUGAGCUGAGUGUCUCCUGGUUUUAAAGCUGCUGUUACCCAUAGGACCCCUUCACAGAACAAGCAAUAAGCCCUGUCUGGUUUACUUGGCUAUGGCUGACUCUGAAGACACGUGCUUAUGGGGAGAGGUUGCAGCCAUUGGCUUUUAUAGGAGUUCAUGUCCUCUCCAGCCAUGACCAAGACGUUGUUGGAGGCAGCCUCACAUUGGUUUUUAUGCCGGAGCACGUUCAGUAGUGCAAUGCAUAUGACGGUAUCCACUCUGAGUGAGAACAAGAGAGGGCGGGCUUCUUCAUGUAAGGACAAUUCUUUGUUGGGAACCGUUGCGUACAGACGCAGAUUUUUGAGCAUUUGGUGAAGGAUGCAAUUGGCAAGUAGGACACAGAUUCAACCUGCCAACUCCACCUAAUCUGGCAAGAUUCUAUGUGAUGUAUACACUUGUUUGGGAAUCAGGGCUAUGGGAUGUCACCUCUUUUGUGCGUGUGACUGUUAAUUACUUCAUAAUACACAGAGAUUCUGCCGACAAAUGGGAGCCAAGAUUUUGAUCUCAAGUUUGGAAACGAUUUUGAUGCAAUUUAGCCAUGCUUAUCCAUACAAUUUGGAGCAGGAGUGUAACCCAAUUAAAAAUAUGUUUACUUACCAUUUGUGUGUAUAUAUAGUUGUUUUUAUUUAUGUACGCAUUUGUUAGAAAAAGGAAAAAAAAAUCUGACGGUAGCGGCACACUGUAGCAAAUAAUGCUUUAGUUUCACAAGUGGACUUACUUGAAUCUGGUUGAGGAAGAAGCCAAAAAAUUGAACUUUGCAAUGUACAUGUAAUGGAUUAGUUUUACUGCAGUGCGAAGCUUGCACGGACCGUUUGUUACCACCUGAUCUUUCCUCAGUGUGAAUUCUUCACCGUAUACGCUUUUAUUUUUCUGAAGGUUAGUUUUGGUUUCAUAUGUAUGGCCAUACAGUGUGUACUUGAUUUUACGCGUAAAGUUUGUUCGUAAGGAUGCACAUUCCUUGAACUCUUGCAUUUUGUGCAAUUAUGUCAUUCUUUUACUUGCAUAGACAAUUCUCCAACAAGAUGCACAAGAUGGCAAUUCUAAUUUGGCACAGUUUACGGCUUUUACAAAUGUAUAACUGUAAAUGCGGUAUAUUAUUUUAAUUGUCUUUCUGGGAAAAGGAUUUACCUGUUGCCACCGCACGUGUUUCACAGUUGUCUUUCUCUGCAAACCAGUUUGCUCUAUGGAGGCCAAGUAGACAUAAUCAGGCAAUUUUUUUUUUCAUGGGGGAAGGCAAGCUGAUGGGAUAAACUGCUGAUCCCCCCCCCCGUGCCUAAUGAUGGGUAUACAUGUAUGUACAGUACACGUUUACGUACAUUUAGUCUCACAUUUAUUUUGUAUAGACACAACAAGUCCGUGGCCACUCUGCACGACCUGCAGCUUGUUACCUGUGGUGUUUUGGCUGAAUUUCAAAUAUCCGCGGAUUUACUUGCCCUUUCGAAAGUUGGGUUUUCAGCCCUAAAAGUGCACCUUCAGCAAGUGGUUAAUGUAAAAUGAAGGGCAGUGUGUACAGGUUACAAAACACAGGGCGACAAAUGAAGGGAGUUUAAAAAUGAAAGGUGAAAUUUGGAGUUAACAUUGAAGGCUGUAAGAUCCUUGAAUGGAGUCGUGUAAUACAUGUGCAUGUGCCAAAACAGCAUAGGCCACGGCACACUGACUGAGCACUACGUGAUAAACAGUUUUGGUUAUGCAUUAAUAAUGUUAAGAGUAUACAUGUAUAGUUUUUUUAGAAGUCAGGAUAACAUGACACAGAUGAAGUAAAAGUGCAUAAUUACUUCGACUCCCUGUGCAGUGUUCCGGAAACUCCAGUCUAAAAAUGCUUAUGUCCAUCACAGGUCACCUAUGCCGUGUUAUUGUACAACUCACUGGUCCAAUGAUCCCCAUCCCACGUGUAGUGGUUUAAUAGCCAGGAACUAUUCUGUGCGUAUUUAACAAUAUUUUAUACAAGUGGGACCAAUGUUGGAUCUUUAAACACCUAAAAGUUUGAUAAAUGUGCUUUUAAGAAAUGUUUACAAGGACGAUUGGGAAUGAGGCAGGCAGGGCUAUCUCUAAAAAGAGCUGCCUGGUCGCCUACAUGACCGAGCGCCGCCUCCUUUCAUUCUGAGGAUUGGCCCAUCAGUCAUUAUCAGUUGUUUUGCUCAUCCAGUUAAGGCCUAGAAAAAAAAAACUUCCAGAAAGUGACUUGUGUGGUGUCAACAGCACAUUUUGUCAAGGUCGGGAAAAGUGUUCGUUCCGAAACUGUCCAGCAGCCGCUGAACAUGUCAUGAAAUCUUGAAACUGUUAAUAAUCCCACCUCGUGUUCAUUUACACCACCCAGUAUAUACAGUAAAUAAAAGUCACUGCACAAAAUGCA